AGUCUAUAGUCACUUAUGUUAUUUUUUGAAUAUUUCAGAAGUACAAUGACAGUUAAUGGCCAGCACUACUGUCUGCGAUGGAACAAUUACCAAUCAAAUAUGACCUCUGUGUUUCAUCAACUUCUUCGAAAUGAAUCAUUUGUUGAUGUUACUCUUGCUUGUAAUGAGAGUACACUUAAAGCACACAAAGUGGUCUUAUCAGCUUGUUCGUCCUAUUUCCAAAAAUUAUUGAUGGAUAACCCAUGUAAACAUCCAACCAUUAUAUUGCCUUAUGAUGUUUGUUUUAAUGACCUUAAGUUCAUCAUAGAGUUUGUGUAUAGGGGCGAGAUUGAUGUAUCUCAAGCUGAAUUACAAUCUCUUCUAAAAACAGCAGACCAGUUAAAGAUUAAAGGACUAUGUGAAGUGCCUGAAGAUGAACGUGAUACAUCUAUUGUUGCCGAAGUAACUCCUUUGGGGCCAUUAAAAAGUGGUGGAAGAGUGUUCACAAAAUUACAACGCAGAACUUCUCCUUAUUCAAAAAAAUUGAGCCCUAAUCAAAUUCAACAGGAUCAGUUUAAUCGAAGUUAUUAUCGAAUUGAACAAUCAGGUUUUGCACCUAUUAGUGUUGAUCAAGAAAACAAAUCUAUAAAUGCCAUCCAUUGCAUGACUGUAGCAACAUCAACUGAAGAUGAUGAGAAAGAAAUGAAGUCAACAUUAACAGAUUUACCGGUGGUUAUAUUAGAACCACAUCCUUCAUUAAAUUUACAAGCCCAACAACAGUCCCAGAUAGUUCACAUACCAAUACCACCAUCACAACAACAACAACAACAACAACAACAACAACAACAACAACAACAACUAAGUCAUGUAACACAACAUACAAAUCAACCUCAAUUGCAACAAGCUGCAGUUCAAACUCAUUCACAAAUGAUUAUUACAACAGGUCCAGUUAUGACGGUGAAUGAAGCUGACAUUUCACCUGAUAUACAGCCUGUUGGACCAAGGGCAACACCAGUACCAGUAAAAAAUAACACAAGUCCCUCAUCAACACCUACACAUAGAGAUAUGGCUGUUGGUACAUCAUGUUCAAAUGAUAUGAUGAGAAGUGGUGGAAGUGAGAGAAAAUUUGAAAGUACUAAAUUUGAAACACUUCGUACUAUUGAUCAGUCAUCAGAUGCAAUGGGAAUAGAAAGACAACAUUCUAAUGACCGUAAUAUAAAUGAUGAAGAUAAUUCAAUGCAUACAAUGAUGAUAACACCUGAACUUUUGGGAUUGUUACCAAAUUCUUCUAAUACAGGAGAUGUCAGUGAAGAUAGUUCUAGUAACAAUAUUAACAAACAAUAUGGUACAAAUAGCGGAAAAGCAUGGACAGCUGAUGACAUGGAAAACGCCUUAGAAGCAUUACGUUCACAUAAUAUGUCUUUAACCAAAGCAUCCAUUACAUUUGGGAUUCCUUCUACAACAUUAUGGCAGCGGGCUCAUCGAGCUGGUAUAGAUACUCCUAAAAAAGAUGGACCUGCUAAGUCUUGGAAUGAUGAAGCUUUAAACAUUGCAUUAGAUGCUCUACGCACUGGCACUAUUUCGGCAAAUAAAGCCAGUAAAGCAUAUGGUAUACCUAGCAGUACGUUAUAUAAGAUUGCGCGGCGGGAAGGAAUUAGAUUAGCUGCUCCAUUCAAUGCGGCACCAACUUCUUGGGGUCAAGAACAGUUGGGCCAGGCAUUGCAUGCCAUAAGAACUGGGCAAACGACUGUACAACGAGCUGCAGCCGACUACGGUAUACCUUCUGGUACAUUAUAUGGUCGAUGUAAACGUGAGAAAAUUGAAUUGUCUCGUAGCAAUCCAACUCCGUGGUCUGAGGAUGCUAUGAUGGAAGCUCUGGAGUCUGUGCGAUUAGGUCAUAUGAGUAUUAAUCAGGCAGCUAUACAUUAUAAUCUACCAUAUUCUUCAUUAUACGGACGUUUCAAAAGGGUGAAAUAUGGAGCUGGACAUCCAGAUGAUGAUUGUGAUGAUAUGAUUGAUUCAGAUACACAAAGCGAACAACAGCACAUUCAACAACAACAACAACAACAACAGCAACAGGCAAAUCAGCAAGUACAGGCUACUCCAGUGUCCCAAAUAAUGUUGGUUCAAUAUCCAGCACCACAGAUUCAAAUGUACCAACAACACCCGACUCAUUCAACCACUAGUUGAGAUGAAGUAAAAUACUUGCAGCCAUUGUGAUGUGUUAGAACUGCAAGUAUUCUCUGUAAUAAUUUAUAAGUCUGACGGUUGUACUGUUUUUUUUUUUUUAUUUAUCUGUGAUAUUUAAACAGUGAAAACAUUAAUGUUAUUUGAUGUUUUCAUUUGAUCUCUUCAUAUUUGUUGUAGGUUUUAAUGUAAAUAUUCAUAUUAAAUUUACAAAUAUGAUAAUACUAUA